AUGUGUGGACGUUUUGCUUGUGGUUUAGCUCCUGAUGUUGUACGUCGUUUAUCGACUUAUAUGAAUACUCAAACACAAGAAUUAACAUUACCACCAUAUAUUGAUUUAAUGUCUUCAACAAAACCUUUUCGAGCUAGUUGGAAUAUAUCUCCAACUUCGACUUGUCUUUGUUUAAUUUCGGCAAAACAUUUAGAUGGAACAGAAGAUUCAGCAACACGUGUUCUUUGUUCAAUGCGUUGGUCACUUGUUCCUCAUUAUCAUAAAGGCAACUUAAAUGACUUUAAGCCUAUUUUAAAUAAUUGUCGAGUUGAAACUAUUAAUGAAAAACCAACAUUUAAAGUACCAUUAAGAUAUGGUAAACGAUGUGUUGUACUUGCUGAAGGUUUCUUCGAAUGGAAAAAAAAUGUCUCAAAAACACCAUAUUUUAUAUAUGAAACUGAACCAUUCAUUCAUGAAAAACAUUAUCCAAAUAUAAAUACUGAUCAAAUUCUUGAAAAAAUCCAAAAAGAAAAGUCAGGUAAAUUACCAUUAUUAGCUAUGGCAGGCAUUUUUGAUAUCAAUCGAAACUGUGAGAUUGAUCCAUUAUAUUCAUGCACGAUUUGUACAGUCGAUGCAAGUGAAACAAUGGUAAAUGUACAUAUUCGAAUGCCAGCUAUUUUAACAACACAACAAGAAAUUGAUCAAUGGCUUGAUUUUGGUCGAUAUGAUACUGAAAAAGUUCUUCCAUUACUGGUAUCACAUGAUGAUAUUCAAAUGUAUCGAGUAACACCAAGUGUAGGAUCAACAAAAAUAAAUGAUAUGAACAAUAUUCGACCAUUUAGUUCGGAUGAGAAUACUAAAACAAAUCCACCAAAUCGAAAUACACUCGAUUCAUUCGUUAUCAAACAAGAACCAAGUCAAUAUUUUGAAGAACCAAUAUUGAAAAAUGAAAAAAAUAAAACACAGAAAAAACCAUCUGCAAAACGUACACAAGGUACAAUCGAGGAUUAUAUGUUUAAAACUACGAAAUCAUCAGGAAAACGAUCUAAAAAAUAG